GCUGGGGCUCAGUGGGUCGGACGCAGCCAUGGCGGAGGGAGGCGAGGGCGAGGAGCUGUUGCGGCCGCCUCUGCCCUCCGCGGGCUCCCCGGGUGCCAAGCGCCUGUGCUCGCGGGUGGCGGCGCUGCCCCGCUCGAGAGGUUGCCCGGGGGGACCGGUCGGAGCGGCCGAGGGCGGGGGUGGCGGCGGCAGGGCAAGGGGCUGCUGUCCUCCUGGCCGUCCGGGCCCGGGCUCCGGCUGCGGGCCGGAGGGGACGCAUCUGCCGUUGCUGCAGCCCGAGUCGCUGUUGGACGCCGCGGCCAAGCGGGUGGCGGGCAGCUGGGCCUUCGAGCGGGUGGAGGGCCGCUUCCAGCGCAUCCCGGAGCCCGUGCAGCGCCGCAUCGUCUACUGGAGCUUCCCUCGCAGCGAGCGCCAGAUCUGCAUGUACUCCAGCUUCCAGCCGGGGCGCAGCGGGGGCGGGAGCAGCAGCGGGGCAGGCGGCGGAGCCAGCGGGGCAGCCGCGGGCAACGUGCCGGGUGUGGGGGCAGGCGGAGAGGACAGCCCGGCCGCCCCCGGCACAGCCGCUCCCGCGGGAGCGCCCGGCACGGCCCCUCUGCCAGCCCCGGGCGCUCCGGCCAGCGCCGCCGUCGCCGAGGGACUCCCCUUCCGCCGAGGCAUCCGCCUGCUGGAAACGGGCGCCGUGGACAACGUGCUCCAAGUGGGAUUCCACCUGAGUGGCACCAUAACUGAGCCUGCUACUGCAACAGAACCAGAUAUGACCUACAAAGUGGCCAUUAGCUUUGACCGGUGCAAAAUCACGUCUGUGACAUGUGGUUGUGGGAACAAGGACAUUUUUUACUGUGCUCAUGUUGUGGCACUCUCGCUGUACAGGAUUCGCAAGCCUGAUCAGGUCAAACUCCGUCUUCCUAUAUCCGAGACCCUUUUUCAAAUGAACAGGGACCAGCUCCAAAAGUUUGUUCAGUAUUUGAUCACAGCCCAUCACACGGAAGUACUCCCAACAGCCCAGAAACUGGCUGAUGAAAUCCUGUCCUCCAACUCUGAAAUUAAUCAAGUGCAUGGUGCACCAGAUCCCACGGCAGGGGCUAGCAUUGAUGAUGAGAAUUGCUGGCAUUUGGAUGAAGAACAAGUGAAAGAGCAGGUGAAGCUGUUCCUCUCCCAAGGAGGGUACUAUGGCUCUGGGAAGCAACUCAAUUCCAUGUUUGCUAAGGUCCGUGAAAUGCUGCGCAUGAGAGAUUCCAAUGGAGCCAGGAUGCUGACCCUAAUAACCGAACAGUUUAUGGCAGACCCACGGCUCGCUCUCUGGAGGCAACAGGGAACAGGCAUGACAGACAAAUGCCGGCAGCUGUGGGAUGAGCUGGGGGCCCUGUGGGUGUGCAUUGUGUUAAAUCCUCACUGUACACUAGAAGAGAAGGCCUGCUGGCUUCGGCAGCUCCGGAAAUGGGGUGAUAUGGAUGUUUGCCCUUUGGAAGAUGGGAAUUAUGGCAACGAACUUCCCAACAUCACCAGUGCACUUACACAGAGCUCCACCCACCGGCAAGACUCCUUAGCAAGGCCAAGACGCACCGUGUUCACUCGUGCCAUUGAAGGCUGUGACCUGCACUGGCAGGAUAGUCACCUCCAGCGAAUAAUCAGCAGUGACUUCUACAUCUCUCCUUCUUUUCAAAGGGAGGGUGAGGGCCUUCUCUUCAACUUGCAAGGACAGCCAUUAUGGUUGGAGCAUGUCCCUACAGCCUGUGCCCGGGUUGAUGCUCUUCGAUCCCAUGGAUACCCUAAGGAAGCACUCCGUCUGACUGUGGCUAUAAUCAACACCUUGAGAUUGCAGCAGCAGAGGCAGCUUGAGAUAUAUAAGCAUCAAAAGAAAGAACUCCUGCAGAGAGGAACAACCACCAUCACAAAUCUGGAAAGCUGGGUGGGGCAUCCCCUCAACCCCAUUGGCUGCUUGUUUCUCACUUUGACAGAAGCUUGUCAAGUACAAGAUGAAAACUGUCUUGAAAUCUCAGAUACGGGGGAUUCCAAGCCUCCAGUGUAUCAGCAUGUGCCUGUGGCCAACAAUUGCCCUGAGGGUGAAGGAUCCUACCUGUCCCUGGCUUUGGAAGUGGCACUGAUGGGGAUGGGGCAGCAGCGGGUGAUGCCAGAGGGCCUUUAUGCUCAAGACAAAGUGUGGCGCAACGAGGAGCAGAUCAUUGCCCGCCUGCAAGAGCUGGAGCUGGACGCUGUGUUGGUGCAGACUCUGCGCAAGCAGUGUAUCCUGCUUCUGGAAGGUGGUCCCUUCAGUGGCCUUGGUGAGGUGAUCCACCGUGAAAGUGUGCCAAUGCACACCUUUGCCAAGUACCUGUUUUCUGCCUUGCUGCCGCAUGAUGCUGAUCUGGCCUACAAGUUAUCCCUACGCUCCAUGAGAUUGCCAGUUUUAGAGACUACUCCUUCCAGUGAUGUCACACACCCUCACCAUAUUGUUUCAGUGGUGCCCAGCAGGUACCCACGCUGGUUUACUCUGGGACACUUGGAAUCACAACAGUGUGAACUUGCUUCUACUAUGCUGACAGCAGCCAAAGGAGACAUGCUGCGUCUGCGCACUGUUCUGGAGGCAAUUCAGAAGAAUAUCCAUUCUUCCUCUCUGAUCUUUAAGCUGGCACAGGAUGCUUUCAAGAUUGCCACUCCUGCUGACAACAGUUCUGACACGACCCUACUCAAUGUAGCCUUGGAGCUAGGGCUGCAGGUGAUGCGCAUGACCCUCUCAACUUUGAACUGGAGGCGAAGGGAGAUGGUGCGAUGGCUGGUGACCUGUGCCACUGAAGUGGGUGUACGUGCCCUGGUCAGCAUUUUGCAGAGCUGGUUUACACUGUUUACUCCCACUGAAGCUACCAGCAUAGUAGCAGCAACUGUAAUGUCCCACAAUACCAUAUUGCGCCUCAGCCUUGACUAUCCCCAGCGAGAGGAACUGGCCAGCUGUGCUCGCACUUUGGCCCUACAGUGUGCCAUGAAAGAUCCCCAGAACUGCGCCCUCUCAGCCUUGACUCUGUGUGAGAAGGAUCACAUUGCCUUUGAGACCGCUUACCAAAUCGUCAUAGAUGCUGCUUCCACAGGCAUGACUUACUCGCAGCUUUUCACCAUCGCACGGUACAUGGAGCAUCGGGGCUACCCACUGCGGGCCUUCAAACUGGCAUCCCUUGCCAUGACCCACCUCAACCUUGCUUAUAACCAGGACACGCAUCCUGCCAUCAAUGACGUGCUUUGGGCCUGUGCACUCAGCCACUCCCUAGGAAAGAAUGAGCUGGCAGCCAUCAUCCCGUUAGUGGUGAAGAGUGUGCACUGUGCAACUGUGCUGUCUGAUAUCCUGCGGCGCUGCACCAUGACUGCGCCAGGCCUUGCUGGUAUCCCUGGCCGCAGAAACUCUGGGAAACUGAUGUCAACAGACAAAGCACCUUUACGCCAACUGCUGGAUGCUACAAUAAACGCCUACAUCAACACCACACACUCUCGGCUCACCCACAUCAGCCCCCGGCAUUAUGGAGAGUUCAUAGAGUUUCUCAGCAAAGCCCGGGAGACUUUCUUGCUGGCCCAGGAUGGCCACAUUCAGUUUGCACAAUUCAUAGACAACCUGAAGCAGAUCUACAAGGGCAAGAAGAAGCUCAUGUUGCUGGUGAGGGAGCGAUUUGGAUGAGUUUUCCAUAAGAACCCAUGAUCACUGUUGUUAGAAUCAAAUGCUUACUGGGCAAGACUGACUAUAUUUUCCAUUGAGCAGGGAUUCCCAGAAUCUUCAGGAACGUAAACCAAAAGUCAGCAAGACAGGAAUGGUUUGCUUCCCACCCACCACUCACUCACAAACACCUCAGCAAUACCAAAAGCUAACCAGGAAAUACAAUACCUCUUUCCCAAAAGGCAUGGCAGUUGGAGGCUAAAAAGCAAACAAAUCCGCCAAGGAGAGACCGAAGCAUGUUGGCUCAGCCUCUUGCACUGCCACCUGGGCUUUGAGCCAGUGGCCUGGCGAGAAGCACAUCCGGCCAAGAUUGGCAAGUUUCACUGUUUUUGUGUGUGUGAGAAACGAUCCUUAAUUAAAAACCUAAAGUCAACUAAUUCUCAGGGAUUGCUUUACUAAAAUUAACAGAAGCAUUUAUGAUACUGUAAAUACAAUAGUAUAUGUGUCAAUUAUUAAAUUGUAAAGUUCUAAUUAUUUAUAACUAUUCUCUCUUUGUUUGGGCAUACUUGAAACUUUUCAUGGGCUGGGAUUAUCACUAUUAUUAUUUUUGGCUAAACAUUUCUGAACAUGAGAAACAUGGACACUUCUCAGGUUUUUCCCCAGCGUUGCUAGUGAAGAGGGUGAGUGGUACGUGGCAGGUGGAGACAAAUCCAGAACCUAUGCAGAACCACCAAGACUUUGCAGCCUUGGAAAAAGAGACCAAGAUGGAAGUAGCAGAACCAGAUGCACCUCAACAUUUCAAGGCUGUCAGGGGGUAGACUUGGCCCGCUGGCUGCCAGCCAUGGUAUUCUCCCUGUCUUUGCUUGUUGGUUUGUACUGUGGUUCCAAAUAUGGAAUACAAAGACCCCAGGAAGUCAGAAACCUGCGUGUGAAACAGCUGAGCCCAUAGUGUAAAUAAUCUAUUUUUGGCCUUUCUCCAUGUGUGUAUGGAUAGGUGCAUGCAAGAGUUGCAUACCUCUGGGAAUAUGCACAUGACAAGGUUUCUGUCUUUCUUUCCAGGCAAAUGGGGAGCAGGAAUCACAGUUUGCUCUCAUUGUUUAUGUAUGUCUUUAUUUUCAAUCCAUUACUAAAUGGCUGCCUUUGGUGGCACUCAAUGAGGCUGGUGCCCUCUUGAAGACAGAAUGUCAUAUUGUUUACCACUCCAUCCUUGACCACCAUUCAGUAGUUUUAUCUUAAACUUGGUCCAAUAAAGGGAAGGGGGUGGGAGCAAAAACGACUUCCUUAUUCCAGGUGUUUUUGUGUCCUCUAUUCCAGUGUGUUCUAGUUUCUAAAGGGGUCGAGGGGGAGGGGCUGGGAUAGCGUAGCUUAGAAAAUAUGGAUUAAUUAUCUACUGUUUGAUUCCAAAUUUGUUUUUCAAGAAAUCCUUUUAAGAGGAGGGAAAAAAACUGGACCCAGGGGCAGGCAAACCCAGCUCACCCAGUAUUUGUUGCCACAGAAGUAUCAUUCUUCAUGUCUGACUUUUUAUUUUGUGUGUACAACCUCUUGACCUGAUGUUUAAUAAAAAGGAUGCAGAAGCUCAUACCA